AUGUCGAAGGAGGUGGAAUGCGGAGGCUGGGCCGCCAAGGAUGCAUCUGGUGUCUUGGCGCCGUUCAAAUUCCCCAGAAGGGCGCCGCGUCCUACUGAUGUGAAGUUCAAGAUCACGCACUGCGGGAUCUGCCACACGGAUCUCCAUUUGAUCCACAACGAGUGGGGAUCGUCGAAAUACCCCAUGGUUCCUGGGCACGAAGUUGUGGGAUUAGUCACGGAGCUCGGCCCCGGUGCCAAGAAAUUCAAGGUCGGCGAUCACGUUGGAGUGGGAUGCAUGGUCUUUUCCUGCCUGAAAUGCGAUCACUGCAAGCACGGAGACGAACAGUACUGCGACAAGCUCGUCUGGACGUACAACAGUGAAGAAGACGGCAAAAUCACAAUGGGAGGCUACUCGGGAUUCCUGGUGGCCGACGAGAAAUUCGUCGUUCGGGUUCCAGACAAUCUUCCGCUGGAUGCCGCAGCGCCGCUGCUAUGCGCCGGCAUCACGGUCUACAGCCCGAUGAAACACUUCGGCAUGACGCAGGCCGGGAAGAACUUUGGAGUGGUCGGGCUCGGUGGUCUCGGGCAUAUGGCCGUCAAGUUUGGCAAGGCUUUCGGGAUGAAAGUCACGGUGAUCAGCACCUCGCCCAGCAAGGAGAAGGAAGCUCGGGAAGUUUUGGGGGCUCACAACUUCAUUGUCAGCAAGGACUCCGCUCAGAUGAAGAAAGCUGCGAAGACAAUGGACUACAUCCUCGACACGGUGUCAGCACCGCAUCCGCUGGAUGCCUUGCUUGAGCUUCUAAAGAUCGAUGGAAAGCUCGUCAUGGUGGGAUUGCCGGACAAGCCCCUGGAACUUCCAGCGGGAGUGAUCAUCUUUGGUCGUCGAUCGCUGGCCGGGAGCUUCAUCGGAUCCAUCAGAGAGACGCAGGACAUGCUGGAUUUCUGCGGCAAGAACAAUGUCACGUCCAUGAUCGAGCUCGUCCCAAUGGACUACGUCAACAAGGCCAUGGAACGCCUCCGCAAAUCGGAUGUUAAGUACCGCUUCGUGUUGGACGUGGAAAAGACUUUGAAGCCAUAGAAGCGAUAAUAAAGAGAG